AGGGCUCUACCGAGAGAGAAAGGACACUAGUACGUUUGAAAGUGAAGGAGGUGCCGAGGAAAGCUUCUGGGACGGGAGUGGAGAGAGCUGGGCAGAGCCUAGGGGGCCUUUGGUGAAGACUGAAGGAGGAAUUUCUUCACAUGGCUUCUGGAGAAGUGACAGUGACAGUUCGCCUCAUCCGUUCAUUUGAGCACCGCAAUUUCAGACCUGUGGUGUAUCAUGGAGUCAACGUGGAGCAGACUGUGCGGGAAUUCAUGGAGUUUCUAAAGCAAGAUAUCCCUUUAAGGCCCAGCCUGCCACCACCAUUCAGAAAUUAUAAAUACGAUAAACUGAAGAUUAUUCAUCAAGCACAUAAAUCAAAGACAAAUGAACUUGUGUUGGGUUUGGAAGAUGAUGACAGACUCCUGUUAAAAGAAGAGAGCACCCUGAAAGCCGCGGGAAUUGCCAGUGAAACUGAAAUUGCAUUCUUCUGUGAAGAAGAUUACAGGAACUACAAAGCUAAUCCCAUUUUGUCCUGGUGAAGGUACCGCCGACGUCCUUUUUGCAUACCUCUAGUAAGCUCUUUAUUCUACUUGUGAGUUUUUGAAAUUGGCAAAUAAAUCUUAAAAAAUUAA